ACGACUGUAAUUUAAGUAAUUGCACCAAUCUAUUGAUGGAUUUUUUCAGCUAGGCAGCUACAAUUUCCACAUUCAGUGUACACGAGAAAAAUUCAUUUUGCGACCUCUUGCGGCGAUAUCGAAUCCACUGUACACCGUAAUGAAAAGGUAAACAUACACACGCACCUGAGUCAAUGACUGAGUGUUUGUACCUGCUAGACACGAUUGCUUUGUUGUCUGUCGGUUUGUCACACAGGUUUACGAAUCCCUCAAUGUAACACGAAUUAAAGAGCGUUUUAGCUAGACUUGUUCUUUUCGUCACUCGGGCGUGUGUAUUGGAGUUUAUAUCAGUUUUGGACGUGUACAGGCUUAUAAUUGACAGUAUGGAUAACCACACCUGGGGAAAGGUAUGCAUUCUGGUAUUUGUGAUUAUGGUCUCUUUCUUAACAAAGGGUAUACUUAGCGAUCCAUGUCGACCAGUUACUAAUCAUAUAUUGUGGUGUAAUGGGAGUGGAAAUUCGGAAAUUAACCAAACAUUUAUUACCGAAGUUUUGAAAACUAAACUUAAAUCAGAUUUACAAGAAAUCCAUAUCUUCAACGGCAAUUUCAGUGAGUUACCUGCCAAUGCUUUCGGUAACUGUGCCUUAGGAGGUGUCAAAUUAAAUAACUUAGCGGAACUUGUGUUGUCCAAUAAUGAAAUCAGUUUAAUUCAUGGUAAAACCUUCCAUUGCAUGCCGAAUUUAAAGAAACUUUUUCUGGACAAUAACAGAUGGCAAAUUCACAUGGACAACAAAAACCAUACGGGGUAUUUUAACAAUCUACCAAAUCUCGUGGAACUGGACUUGACGUCUGCUUUCUAUGUGGCAGAAAACCUCCAUAUCAUUCGAUUCCGACAAGUGCUUGAAAACAGCAAUUUUAGAAAGCUCGAAACAUUGCGACUUGGUGCGAAUGACAUGCAGUUUGUAGAUGACGCAUUUGGAAAAGCGCUCUGUACUAUGGAUAGCUUGAAGCAUGUGAACCUACAAUUGAACAGUCUGUAUAAGUUGGAGUUUACACAUUGUUUCCAAAAGGCUAAAAAUCUGGAAAAGAUAGACCUAUCAAACAACGCCCUUUCAACCCUGGACAAGAGAAGCAUGGAUGUGUUUGACUUUAUAAGGCAGUCUAACAAAAACUUCACGGUAAAUCUUCUGGGCCAACAGUGGUCAUGUGACUGCCACAUAAAAGAGUUCAACAAUUGGAUACAUAAUACAAAAGUCCACCUUACUGGAAAGGACAAAUUCAUAUGUCACGAUGGGGCUAAUUUCCAUAAAAAAAUCAUCCAUCUGACGGAGGCAGAAAUGGUUUGCAAUGACCCAGGUAUUGACAGCUCUGUCCAAGCUGGAGUAGUGGUCAUGAUUGUCUUACUCGUUAUAAUUGCUGUGGCGGUGGUAGUAGUUGUUGUACUUUACAGAAGCCGUUUGACGUCAUUUGCACGUGGCGUCAGGAAGUCGCUAGCGCGGGAAAGUCACGUGCAGUACUCCUCGGUAGACAACGCCCCUCUUACGGCUGAAGCUUGAGCAAAAUCUCAUUAAUUUAGCUUAAUGCUUUGUGUUAAACUCUGACACGCAUAUUCCUUCAAUUUGCUCUUUGAAACCAUGUCUGUGACGAUGUGUUCUGCCAAGUUAAGUACACGUAGUAUAGAAUAUAAGUAUAUAUAGCUGUGGCCAAGGAAGGAUCUAAACCAAAAAGAAAAAUAGUGUGCGAGGGUGUCAGUGCAUGAACCAAAAACAAGCGCGGACAAAAACACGUGUGAAAGGUGCUGAAGCAAUAUGAAAAGAACUGACUUACUAAUAUAUACUGCGUUUGUAUUAUUGAUACGUUUAAUAUGCACAGGGAUCAUUUUCUGUUUCAUUUUAUUAGUAAGCAUCUAGAAAUUAAGCCAGCAUUAAGAUUUAGAGUCAACCGAAUACAUGAACUAGCAAGCAUUUCAACUAAACAAGCAAGCAUUACAUGUGCCAGGCAUUGAAGCAUUAAUCGUACCCGAAUGUCGGUCAGUUCUUUUAAUACGUCAUAUAAUUUAGCACAAAUAGGGGUAAUUAAUCAGUAUUGAGCAACAAACUCUCUUCUUAAUGCAUAACACAGAGGAGAACGAAGCUAGUUGUGAAUGUGAAGAACGAAGCUAGUUUUGUUGAAAUUCAAUAAAUCUAUUUCCUGCAUUUGUAUGGAAUUACUACCACCAAUCCGCCAUAUACGUCCAGUAGCCUACGGCAGAAGCUAAAGCUUUAAGAAAAUGAACUUCAAUGCUUAGCAGAAAAUGGUAAGAGAAGAACAAAGCCAGUUGCAAAUGCGAAGAAUUCAAAUGUAGUAUCGAAAUUCAAUAAAUCUAUUAGUUUUGAAA